AUGAGCUGUCAAAUUGUUUCCGGCAAUUGUCACUUAGCGGAGCGAAAAAAUGGCAACUUUGCGACUCUCCAGUGGCUAUCACCCAAUAGAGAUGAGCUAGAUGAAGGUGAGGCGUGUGUUAGGGAGCUUCAUCCUCAAGUACGCACAGUAAAAUGACGCUCUUCAUCGCAUCCGGUAUGGUUUCAAGAGGUGGCGACUUGUCUCUUAGUGAAUCGUCCUCUUCUCGAUGAUGGCUUAUUCGUCGAUCAAUCAGAGAUGCUUUACUCAAUGGAUUCAUAAUCUUUUUUUGUGAAUCGUUCAACAAUUUUAGUAACAAUACUCUACAAAUCACGUUGACAAGAUUUUUGUCGAUGAUCCAACGAUUCUGACAGCUUAAUCCUUCACCAGCGAUCUGCAAAAAAGUCAUGAUAAUUAGAUAAAAAAAUAGGAGUUUUGGCUCUGGGAGGAUUCGAACCCACGUUGAUUGGUCGCCUAUAUGAAAGAGAUUGGUAUAAGUACUCUAAUGCCCUUAUCAAAUGGCAUCAUCAUGGUAUAUCUCUAUUAUAAAUAAGGGGUAUUAUAAGUAUUAAAAUCAUCGAAGCCUUUCUAGGGAAGGUGUGACGCGGGUUUAAUCUCAUAUCGCUUGUGCGCCGAAGUUUUGAGCAAAUAUAUAGUAAUAUUAUAUUUGCAAGCAAGUCUCUUUCUCUCGCACGUACGACUACUCUUUGCCCCACAACUAGCUGGCCACUAGUGACAAGGAAGGGGAGUGGUACACACGUGUCCCCAUUGGUCCUAGUCACUCGAGCCCCUACUUGUGGCUCCUCCCGAACUGUGCUUCUGACCUGCUUGCAAACCUGGCUGGCCGACGAGUACCAUUCAUUUUGUUAUAUUUUUAUUUUUAUUUCUUUUUCUUCAUUUAUCUCAAAAGUAAGACUAUAAAAAUUAUAUAAAUUUAUAUAAAAUCACAUAAUUAGCCAAAAAUUGAUGUUAAUAACUUGAAAACCACUUUUCACAGUUUAACACAAAUAUAAGUUUAUUUACCAUGAGUUAAGGCUAAAACUAUAUUAUUUACUAAUUAUUAACUCAUGAUAAUGAAGACUUAUCAAGGAUCUUGACAUGUUGGAUUAUUUUUACAACUUCAAUAUCUUUGUUAACUCAAAGAAGAUCAGCAAUGCUAGUUUGUAACCUUAGAUUAUGGGUAACUUGGCUUGGUCCAAUAUAUUUUGAUGUACAUAGUUUGACACUGAGAAGGUGCAAUAUUUACCUUUUAUUCUUUUUUUGUGUCUAA